AUGCGAUAUCAGAUAGGUGAUCAUGUUAAAGUGAGAGGAGAAUCUGGACGGAUAAGAUACGUGGGAGGCACAGAAUUUGCUUCUGGUACAUGGUUUGGAGUUGAAUUAGACAACCCCGUUGGUAAAAAUGAUGGAUCAGUUCAAGGCGUUCAGUACUUCCAAUGCCAACGCACCAACGGGUUAUAUGGGGUAUUCGUUAAAGAAAAUUUACUUGAAGUUGUCGAUAAAGCUUCGAGGGCUGCAGAUGCCACUGCUCAAAGCUUACCACGGCUUCAAAACCAAUUGAAAGUUGCCCUUUCCGAAAACUCGCUAUGCAAGAAUGAAUUGAAGAAGCUAAAGGGUACUAUGGCCGUUAAAAUACGGGAGAAAGAGCAACUAGAGUCAAAGUUGGAAAUGCAACUGGUUGAUAAUCAGUACCUACUGGAAGCGAAGCAUGUACUCGAGGCUAAAGUUGCAGAGUUGACACAACAAUACCAAUCCUUGCAGCAAGAUUACACACUCGUAUUGGAAGAGUUGGAAAUAGGCAGAGAAUUGGAGAAAGAGUUGAGGUUUGUCGAUGUUGAUGCGUACACUCCAGAUGAGAUCAAGUUACUCAUUGAAAAGGUACGCCUUGACGAAAGAACAAUAGCGGAUUUGAAUAAAAGAACCCGAAUGCAGGAAGAGAAACUAUCUGUCACUUUAGAGCAAUUACAGACCACAGAAGAUCGGAUACAGAUUCUUAACUCUGAUUUGCUGGAUAAGAACUCGACAGUGAUUCACUUGAAAGAGAGAUUGGAAACCUUUGCAGAACUUGAACAAAUGACAGAAAAAUUAGCGGUUGAGAAUGGAGAGUUGUUGGAAACUAUCAAGGAACUAGAGAAGUCUAUUGAGGAGCUUAGUCAGUUACACGCACUAGACACAAAGAUUGAGGCCAAUCUUCACAAGACUGAGCAAAACCUCAGACAAGAAAUUGAAUCAUUGCAAGACACUAUAGUAAAAGAUAAAUCUAGAAUAAAAGAGUUGGAGAGCAAAAUUGCUUCCUCUGUGCAAAUUGCUAACCCUGUCGACUCAAAGUUUGACGCUAGAUCUGCCAAUGAACUUUCUGAAGCUCUUGAAACAGCCAACCAACAGCUAGCGAAACUAGAGCGAAGAUACCUACAAUGUUCAGUUGAAUUACAAAUUUGUGAAUACAAUGGGAAGAUUGAUAUUGAACGUGUUAAGUUCCACGCGUCAAGCUCAUUAAAGGCGGAAUACAUUGACCUUAUCUACGACGUAAAAUUACAAUGCAAUAUUUUAGAUCUUCUUAAUAAGCAGAUGGGACUGGGCGAAUGCUUUUUAUUUUGCAAGUACGCAAUAACUAAUAUUCGCCACUUUUAUCAAGCCAUAUUGAUACUUCUUGAGUACAAUUAUAAGCACAAGCUUUCAGAGGAGCUAUUCAAGCAAAACAGAACAUUGAUGGAUACUGUUCAAGAAGAAACGGAAAAGAUUAUUAGUCUUAUGAAAGUUGAUUCUUCUGAGAAAGAGCUGAUUGGCAUGUAUCGCGCAAGUUUGAAGAACUGUCUAGACUUAUGCAGCACAUGUGUAACAAAAAUGUGUCACGAUUCAGAAGAAAGACCGUAUGUUUUUCAACACAGUUCAAUUGUGAAACAUGUUGAGUUUUCAAUGAGCAAGUUCUUGGUUUACUUGAACGAUGUUGCUUCCUUACAUGAUAGAUAUGAAGAAUUUUCAGACCUAAUCCAAUCUGUUAAGUCUAUAAAAUCAAGAUACGAAAUGGCAUAUGAGUAUGUGUUAUCGCAACUGACUAUGAAUAACGCUUCAAUUAAGUCACUAAGCAUUCCUUCCUCCAUACUACGUUACAUUACUGACUUGUCUAUUCAAAUAGUCAGUACGAACAAUUCAGAGUUUAUAAGAUUGGAUGACUUAAAAGAUGUCCUUGAAGGUUUAGCCGAUUCUGAAGUUCAUAUGGAACAAGAACUAUCUGCAACAGAUGUUAAAAGUGUCUACGAGUAUGUCCAAGAAGAGCCAAUUGUGAAAGAACAUGCAUCAGCAGAAAGUGUUAACGUCAAAGAUGACAGUGAGCUUACUGAGGUAAUAUUGCUGAAAGACAAAGAAAUUUCUGAGUUGAAGUUGAAUAUAGCUCUAUUGGAGCAGAACAUGAAACUCUUUACCAAACAAACAAUGGAUCAAAUUGAAGACUUAGAACAGCAGAUUCUUGUUACGAAAGCUGAAAUCAAGGAAAAAUCCGCCAUAAUUGCUACACUUCAGAAAGAAAAUAAAGCUCUUCGUAAUCAAUCUUUUUUCAAUAAAGCUAGUUUUGAUGAAAUUGAGUCACAGAAGGACUUCGAUGAAAAGCUUAAACGCAUGGAAACGCUAAUAGAGCUAAAACGGCAAGCCACAGCUUCGAUGGAUGUCGAUGAUGACUUGUCGUGGUUGGCUUUUCCAAAGAGACCCAAGAUCUGGAAAAAACCUACACAGUUGCAAAGCUUGUCCCAUGAGAUUAGAGAUUUGGCUAUGCGUACACAAUUUAUACGCAUUUGUGGUACCAAUAAGCAAAAGUGGGUGCCACAGAGAACCACAGCAAGGUACAUCAAUGCGUGUAUUGAUGAGAGAUUUACUCGAUAUACAGCACAAAAGGGUGAAAUGCUUUAA